AUGGCCCUCGGGCCUUCCUCCCCAGCCUGGGGAUGGAAGGUCAGGCUGGACGAGCUGCAGGCAGUGCUGGCUUUUGGGGAAGGUAAGGCGGAUACCAGGGGCCUGUCUUGGACUGAGCAUCAGGCCCUCUCCCGGCAAAUACGAAACCAGGUCUCCCUGUUGGAGGAACUGGCAGGGGGGAUGUCUAGGAAGCUUACAGCAUGGAAAAGGGAAGUGGGGGUCCCCCAGGGAGCUACGGCCCACACCAGGGCCGAUAUCCAGCUGCUCUCUGGGCUGCUGGCUGAGUGCCGUGAACUUGCCAGCAGUGGCCUCCACUUCCUAGAACAGCCCCCCCCGUUCCUGGAGGUGGGAGAGGGUACCGAGGAGGAGGUAGUCCCUGAGACCCCCCCUGAGGUGGCUAGUGCCAGCAAGGCCCCUCAGGCCUCCCUCACCUAUGCUGAGGCUGCAAAGGAUGAGGGGGUUGAGGCUAGGGUCUUUAUGGGGCUACCUUCUGACAGGCUCCGGGGUCUGCUUGUGUCCCUGAAGGCCCAGCAUGCCGAGGCAGACUCGGGCCUAGCUGGGGUCCAGGCAGAGCUAAGGGAGCAGAGGGAAAUAUCAAACAGGACCUCUAAUUACAAAAGAGGUCCUUUGAGGGCCGCUAUAGCUGAGAAAAAAUUAGUGGAGCAGCAUCUAUCCUACACCCUGCUCCAGACUGAAAAGAAAAUAGCAGACAUCCAGGCCAUCCUGCAACAGAGAGCCAAGGACGCUACGAGGUCCAGGAGGCAGAGGGCUAUGGAGGGCAGGAGGGACAUGUCCCCAGGUGAGGAGUCCAGCAAGGACUUGGAUUCCAACUCCCAUCACUCACCUGGGGAGCCGUCUACCUCUGCCCUUGCUACUCCAGGGGGCGCUGCUGAGACGGAGGGGAAGGCCAGAGAGAAGGACAGUGAAGAGGAGUGGGACGGAGAGGAAGGUGAAGAGUGGCAGCUGAAAGUGCAGGACAGAGGUCGAGGGCUGAUUAAGGAGUCUCUCCUCAAGUUUGGAAACGAACUUGGGGAGGGCUCCGUAAAGGACAAAAAGAAGAAAAAGAAAAACAUCGCCCGGCGUCAGCCUGAGACCUCUGUCAGGGGGUCUGGAGAUUCCACAGAGGAGGGUGAGUGUUCAAAUGCUGAGUAUAUGUACAAUGAUGAUGUUCAGGCCUUGCAGAAGCCUGGGGCCAGGGAUACUAACCCUGCAGGUGGCAACACCUGUAUGCCCCAGAAACCUGCACAACCUGCCUCUGUGGAAGUAUCUGGGCCCCCCGCCGCCCUCCAUGGUGACAGGGAGACCAUCCCCGCCUGUACUAUGGCGUGUACCGGUGAUCCCAUUGAGGGGUCCUUCCCUUGCUCCCUUCCCACUCCCUCCCUUACCUGCCUUCCCUCUGACCUUCCUCUCCGUGUGGUUGCGUCCCCUGGAGUGGCUGGUACCUCUGCCUCCUGUCCUCAGGCAGCUGCUGGGCAGGAUGGCACUGGAUGGAGCAGUCUGGAGCAGGGUGAUGGCCCUCCUUUUCCUUCUGCUCCCUUGGAGCAAGCUCGACUGCUCUCCCCUACCAGCAAGUCUCCUCCCCUGUUUGUCCCCCAGUCUGUUUCCCUGGAUGUGUCCAAGUUUGUCUUCCAGUCUGUUCCCCCUGCUUCCCUAUGUGUUCCCCUUAUGUCUGAAUGUGUAACCAGUCCCCCUGUUGUUCCUGUUGUUCCUGUUGUUCCUGUUGUUCCUGGUGCCGCGGGUGCCGCUGGCGCUAUGGAAGACAGGACUGCAGGGGACUCCCAUCAUCCUCAGCCAGCAGUCCAUACUGAGGAAACCGCCAGUGGAGGUAAGAAAAGUAUGACUAACAUUGUGUUUGACUCCACUGGUGGUUUAGGGAUGGCUGAGGAGGAUGGGAGUAUGGAUGUAACUGUAAAUGUAAUGAUGGGACCUAUUGGCCUUAGUAAAAAGGUCCACAGCCAGCCUGUUUGUAUUAAUGAUGUUGCCCCUGCCCCUGGUGUUGUUACCCCUGCCCCUGGUGUUGUUGCCCCUGCCCCCGGUACUAUUGCCCCUGGUGUUGUUGCCCCUGCCCCAGGUGUUGUUGCCCCUGCCUCUGGUUAUGUUGACCCCGCCCCCGGUACUAUUGCCCCUGCCCCUGGUACUGUUUCCCCUGCCCCUGGUUAUGUUGCCCCCGCCUCAGGUUAUGUUGCCCCUGCCCCUGGUUCACUGGAGUUAGUUGGUACACAGGUGGCGGGCACGAGCACGGGCACAGGCACCCUGACAAAGGGUGCCGCGGUUAUAAAUAGUUUAGACGCACAAGCAGGUACACGGGUUCCCCUUAGGCACUCCCAGGUUGUCACCCAGGGUUCUGGUGUGACCGAGGCCUCUGGUUCAGCGAGGGGAGUCCGUCCGAAUCAUUCCCAGACGGCGGGUCCCGGUGCGCCCAAUGCUUGGGCAUCUGGGCCACCUCGCCUCUCUGCGGACGGGCCUGCUACGCGUCCUCAGGUUUCCUUUGGGAACAGGAGGAACGUGGUACGGCUCAUCUGUGGGGGUGAGACCCAGGUGCCUGACAGACGGUGGCUGGUGACCCGGCUAAAGGAUAUGGGAUUUGCGCCCGUGGACCUGUACGCGCUCAUCCAUGCCUCGGGCACCCGGGAGUUCGACGUCUCCUUUAUGACGUCGCAGCUCCUGGAUCGCUUCUGGGCUGGGUGGGAAGCGGCCAGGUCUGCACAGGGUACAAAGUGGGCAGGAUUCACCGCUGUGGCCAUUUCUCGCCAGGGUCUUAAGAAGGUCACUUUCCUGGUGAGAAAUGAAUCCAUCCCCAUAGCAGACAUCCUUGUUUGGACUAAGAGGUUUGGGGAUGUUAAAUCCCCCCCUGUUAAGAUCUUAGAUGAGGAUGGGAUUUGGACAGGCGGAUGGACUGUUUCAGUGUUGCUGCGGGAGAUUCGAGGUGUCACACAGCAUAUGCCUAAUAGUUUUUUCAUCGGGGCUGACCGGGUAUCCUGUUUUUACCCAGGUCAGCCCAGGGUAUGUCACAAGUGCGGAUCGUACAGGCAUUACAGCAAUGCCUGUACGGUCCUCAAAUGCACUAUGUGCGGCGCUGUGGGGCACCUCCGGGACAGCUGCAGGGAGAUCCGGUGUCAUCUGUGUUCAGAGAUGGGUCACACGUACCGCACCUGCCCCGAAGCCCAGCACAAUGUAGAGUCCAUCUGGAGUCAGGAGCCGGUGGAGAUGGACUCUGCUGGGUUAGGGGUUCAGGUAGCAUCGUCAUCUACAAGGCCCAUCUCUGGCACAAGGGUUUCCCUGCCCCAGCAACAACCCAUCCUCCCCUCGGUCUCUGUAACAUCUCAGGACCCUGGGAAGGCCACAAGUUCACGUCCCCUCACGAAAAGUGUACGUAGAGAACGCACUACCUCCACAGCCAUUAUGGCUCCCCCUAGACCCCCUCCCCCUAGGCCCCCCCCUCCUAAAUUCUCCACGGUGAAGGUUACCCCCACUGAAAAGUCCCCAGAUGCACGUCCCUUAGAUGCACAGUCCCUAGAGUGGAGCACGGUGAAAGGUAAGAAACCCCCCCCUCCAAGACCUCGACGCUGCCCUCACCCCGGAAGAUCGCCAUACCCCCUGCGGCGAAACCCCCGAAAGGGGGAGACGCCACUUAUAAGGGUGGUGUGGCACGGGCGUCAUCCUCCUCUUCGGGCUUGCAGGAGGCCCCGGUGCCCGUAUCUAACAGGUACGAGGCACUGUCCUCCAGCUGGGCCGACUGUGAGUACGAGGAGGAGAUGGCGAACCUCCCCGAGGUGGUGGCAGGGGUUGAGGUGGGACAGGAGGUGCUUCUGAGAGACGACGGGCCACUGUAUCCCGGAGUCUCAGUGAAGAGGUUCCUCGGUUCCGACACGGAGGAGGAGGGGUACCGCAGAAGGAAGGGAAAGUCUCCUUAUACUUAAUGCCCUUAUGGCGACUUUUCCUGUACUCUCUGUGGCUACGGUGAAUGUAAACAGCAUUAAGUCCAGCAGGGCCCGCUUUUUGGUUUACGACCACCUCAGCCGGGCUCCGUACAAUGUCAUCUUGGUACAGGAGACCCGGCUGGAAACCCUCGCGGCCCUGCACGCUGCAAAGCGGGACUGGAGAUGGGGGCCCUCCUACUUCUCUCUAGCCACAGAGAGAUAUGGGGGAAUCGCCAUCCUAUUUAAGGACGUUGAUGUUAGCAUCAACAGGGUUAUUGAGUUGCAAAAAGGACGGUGUGUGGUUUUAGAUGUCUCAAUGGGCAGGCAACCUUUCAGGAUAAUUAAUAUCUAUGGCCCCCAAUCUAAGUGGGAGAGGAAGCGCCUGUUUAUUGAGAUAGAGCCUUACCUUUAUACAUCCCAGCAAAUCCUGUUUGGCGGUGACUUUAACACCAUAACUAGGCCUCAAGACAGGAGAGACGCCACUCAGAGGCUGGGGUAUGACUCCUAUUUUUUAAAUAAGAUGGUUAGUCAGGCUGGAUUGGUCGAUGUGUACCUUCAUCACACUCCCAAUCCCACGGGUGGGUACACUUAUCACAGAGGUAGCUGUCAGAGUAGGAUAGAUAGGUUUUUCUUUAAGGAGAAUUUCCCGGUGGCGGCACCGGUGGAGUUCUCCGACCAUCACAUUUUGUCUUACGAGUUGAACGUCUAUAGUACCCCACCUAAGGGUAGAGGGAUCUGGCGGCUAAAUUCAGACCUCCUGGUGGAACAGAGGGUUCAGCAAGCCUUCAUGGAAUUCUUUCACGAUCAGAUGACAUUGGCCGACUUAGGCCAAACGAAGUCUGAGUGGUGGGAGAUGGUGAAGGCCAGAACUCAACGGCUGUUUCGCAAUCUCGCCCGGAACAUGCAGUCCUCCAGGUACAAGAUGUAUCUGGGCUUGCUUGGGAGGUUAGACAUCCUGAUCUCGCAGGGAGGUGACCCCGAGGACAUUGCGGCAGUUAAAAACCUGAUGAGGAGUUAUCAGUAUGACAGGUACGCCUCCCUUGUAAAAGAGAGGGAUCAUGGGUCAUACCGCUCGCCCGAUCCUUAUCUUAGCUGCAAGCGGAAGGAAGGUACCAAGUCCAUCCCUAGUCUGCGGGGCACCGACGGGACCCUAGAGGAGUCUCCUCGCGGGAUUCUGAAGGUGGUCCGCGACUACUAUAUUGAGCUCCUCGGAAAGGGCAGCCCCCAAUGUAGCGAGGAGGGAACCUCCCACGGGAGAAGGGUGGAUGACUUCUUGAGCGAGCUCACGCUCCCUGAGCAUAGCGACCUCUCUUUUGACGAGUUGGUCAGCGAGAUCACCAUAGAAGAGGUCACAGAGAGUAUCCAACAGCAGAACAAGUGUAAGUCGCCAGGUCCUGAUGGUCUGACGGCCGAGUUUUACCAACAGUUCUGCGACCUCUUGGCCCCUCAUCUGACCGAGGUGUUUAAUGAGAGCUUGGCUCAAGGAUUAUUGCCACCCUCGAUGAGGACUUCUGCCCUGAUCUUGCUGUCCAAGCCGAACGUGCUCGACACAGCGGAUGUGGGGAACUGGCGCCCCAUAUCCCUGUUAAAUGUCGACAGGAAGGUCCUGGCAAAGAUUUUGAUGAAACGAGUACAGGGCCUAGCGAGGCGUGUCCUAUCCACCUCCCAGUACUGUUCAAUCGAGGGCAGAACUGUCUUUGAUGCCGUUUUCGAAGUCAGGGAAGCCCUCGAGAAGUGCAGGGACGGAGAAAGGGGGAUAUACCGGAGAGGCCUUUACGGGUUGUUGCCUACGCUGAUGACAUCUCCAUAGUGGUCUCCAAUACUCGGGAGGCCACGGAGGUGGAUGAUUUAAUCCUAGCGUAUUCUGCCGCUUCAGCCUCUCGUGUCAACAGGGACAAGAGCGUAGUUUUCUGGUGCGGGAAGGAGGGGGACCAGACCCGAGGGCCCAGCCUGAAAUUAAGAUCUUGGGGGUGGUGUUCGGACCAGGGGAUCUGGCUCUCAGGAACUGGACCGAACGGCUUGCCAUAGCUUCUAGCAAGGUGGAGGAGAGCCACAGGUGGAAACUGACGUUCAGAGAACGGGUGAACCUAAUCAAAACCUAUGUUCUGACCGUAUUCGGCUACGUCAGUAACAUCUUCCUUUUGCCCAGGUCCCUCCACGCUCGGAUGUUUGCGCUGUUCUUCCGCAUGUUGUGGGGGAACAGGCUGAACCUCAUCAAAAGAGAGGUCACUUACCUGGCCAGAAAGGACGGGGGUCUGGCCAUGGUCAACCCCAUCGUCUUUUUAACUAACAACUUCCUGAAAAGGAACUUUGGGGCUCUCCUGAAGGAUGAGCAGCCUGGCUGGGUAUGUAUAUUCAGGGAGUGGGUCACACCUUUCCUGGUGGACUGGUUUCAGGGUGGGAGGGUGAAGAGCAUGAGAGUUCGGCAUUCUAGCUAUCUUCCGUCUUCGGUCAUCGAGGGAGUGGGAAUUCUGCGCAGGUGGAACGUCACGGUGGAGGAGGUUCGGGACACUCCCAAGAAGCUUCUCGACGGGAGGGUCCUGGCCACCCACUUUGGCAUUCAGCUUGCUUUGAAGGACUGCCCGCCAAGUACUCUCGCCUCGGGGUUGAAAAACAUCAACUCCAGGCGCCUUCCGGAGAAAUACCGAGACGUGGCGUUUCUCUCCUUCCACGGUAGACUUUACGUUCGAGGGAACUUGAAGUACAGGAACAUAACGGAUCGUGGUUGUCCUCGGGUGGAAUGUUCCGGGGAAGUGGAGUCCAUGGACCACUUCCUCCUCGAGUGCCCCUUUAACGUACAGGUCUACAAAGAGGUCUCAGCCGCCUUAGGCAUCCCCUGCUUAUCCCGCUGGACUUAUGCGGAGUGGGCGUACGGGACGUCCAACUCAUGGGGGAGGGCUUUUGAUUUGGGCACUCUUUAUGUAGUCAGUUCAGUGGUUAAGUAUUUCACUUGGAUGGCAAGGUGUCAGGUUUCCCUUCAACGUAAAGACCUUUCCUGUCAGGUGGUGGUAGCAGACAUUCUGAGGGCGGUUCGUGGGAUCUAUACCACCGAAAGGGCCUCUAUGGAUCCCACCAUUUGGCAGCGUUUGUGGCGAAAUCUCAAGGUCCACCCGCCUUGA